AAUACAUUCCCCGUACUGUUGGUCCAUAUCGAGGCUUUGGGUCGACGGACAGCUGUUAAUGAAAUCCUAGUUUUUGCAGUAAAGGCGCAGAGUCAGCGGUGGUGUGACUUGCGAGAGUAGCCCACCAUAUGCGUCCUUGGAUUUCCCCCUUCGCAACAGUAGCUAGGGGGAUCAACAGGUUUCUUGUACCGAAGUAUCCACUGGUCGUCUUGAGUCGAUCAACGGGAUCCAUAGACUAUACUUUUUGACACGAGUGGCUUGAAUGUCCUGAUUUACUCAAGAAUGUUGACUGUUCUGGUGUUGGCUUUAUGUUGCGUCCACUCCGGAAAUGGGCAGACCUGCACAGAGGGGUUCGCCUAUGACCGCAUAGCAAGAGUAUGUGUUGACAUCGAUGAGUGUCUUACGGCACCAGACACCUGCAGAGGGGACAUGCAGUGUGUGAACCAGAACGGAGGUUAUCUCUGCGUCCCCCGGGGGCUGUACAGACAGCCUACCUACCCUCGGGGUGGAGGAGGGGAGCCCGCCUACCCGGACACCUCGCUGGGGUUCCAAGACCCCUACCCUCUACCACCCCCUCCAGGCCCCCCCGUGGCACCCAGCUACCCCGUCGUAAACCGCUCCACUCCCUGCCUCCUGGGAUACACCCUGGCAGAAGAUGGCACCUGUAAUGACAUUGAUGAGUGUGAGACAGACUCCCACCAGUGUAACCCCACCCAGGUGUGUAUCAACACAGCUGGAGGAUACACCUGCUCCUGUACCGAGGGCUACUGGCUGGUCGGGGGACAGUGUCAGGACAUUGAUGAGUGUCGCUACGGGUACUGCCAGCAGCUGUGUGCCAACGUGCCAGGCUCCUAUUCCUGCUCUUGUAACCCUGGCUUCCUCCUCAACCCCGACAGCAGGACCUGCCAAGAUGUGGAUGAGUGUGAGGACAACCCCUGUACCCACGGCUGUUUCAACACCUACGGCUCCUACAUGUGUAACUGUGAUCAGGGAUUUGAGCUGGCUUCUGACGGGACCACCUGCAACGACCUGGACGAGUGUGGUUUCUCAGAGUUUCUGUGUCGGCACCGCUGUGUGAACACCCCUGGCUCCUUCCAGUGUCACUGCCCAGCGGGAUACUAUCUCUAUGAGGAUGGGAGGAGCUGUGAAGAUAUCAAUGAGUGUGAGACUGGUAACAACACGUGUACAACAGCACAAGUUUGUUUCAGUUUCCAGGGAGGCUAUACGUGCUUGGAUCCGCUAAAAUGUGAUCCACCGUACGUUGAACUCGGUGACAAUCAGUGUAUGUGUAGUGCUGAGAACCCAGCUUGUAGAGACAGGCCCUUCACCAUCCUUUACCGCCACAUGGACCUGUCCUCAGGCCGCAGCGUCCCAGCAGACAUCUUCCAGAUGCAGGCCACUACCAGAUACCCUGGAGCUUUCUAUAUCUUCCAGAUCAAAGGACCGGGAAACGAGGGACGAGAGUUCUACAUGAGGCAAACCAGUAACGUGAGUGCCACUCUGGUCCUAUCUCGGCCCAUCAAGGGUCCCAGGGAGCUGGUCCUGGACCUGGAGAUGGUAACCGUUAACAACGUCAUCAACUUCAGGGGCACCAGCAUCAUACGGCUCACGAUAUACGUAUCAGAGCAUCCUUACUGAGGCCCCUCCCCCCCUGACCAAUCACCACGUACUCUCACAACCCUAAGGAUACCAUCUCAGAAUCUUUUACUCUCCAAAUCUACCAUCUCUCAUCAGACAGCUCUGUUCCUGUUCUCUCUGUUCACGAGAUACGAUGUGAUGCUAUCUGUCUCUUCUCUCUGUUCACGAGAUACGAUGUGAUGCUAUCUGUCUCUUCUCUCUGUUCACGAGAUACGAUGUGAUGCUAUCUGUCUCUUCUCUCUGUUCACGAGAUACGAUGUGAUGCUGUCUGUCUCUUCUCUCUGUUCACGAGAUACGAUGUGAUGCUAUCUGUCUCUUCUCUCUGUUCACGAGAUACGAUGUGAUGCUAUCUGUCUCUUCUCUCUGUUCACAAGAUGCGAUGCUGUCUGUCUCCUUCUCUCUGUUCACAAGAUGCGAUGCUGUCUGUCUCCUGUUCUCUCUGUUCACGAGAUGUGAUGCUGUCUGUGUCCUCUUCUCUCUGUUCACGAGAUGCGAUGCUGUCUGUCUCCUCUUCUCUCUGUUCACGAGAUGUGAUGCUGUCUGUCUCCUCUCUGUUCUCGACAUGUGAUGCUGUCUGUCUCCUGUUCUCGAGAUGUGAUGCUGUCCGUCUUACCACCGUUAUCGUCUGAAUAAACUUUCAAUGAACUCUCAUCUGUUGUUAUAGGACACGGAGGGCACCUUGCGCUACAUUUCCCCACCUCCCUUCCCCACUCUUACAUCCACAUCAGACUGUUACUGGAUAUUAUAACUGUAUCUAGCAGACUAACGUAUUUUCCACACAUAAGGAUAUUUAUGUUGUAUUGUAAAGGCUAUGUGCGUGUCUCUCUCUCUCCUCUUUAAAAAUAAAACAUUUAUGAUUAAGGUCAUUGAUUGAAAUUAUUGUCAGUAUUUGCUGUUUACUACAUAUUUCUAUUUGUUAUCGAUUGAACUUAGUCUUCCGUUAUUUCCUGUGAAGCGUUAAACUUUAAAUAA